GGUUUUGUAUACAUUAACGGCUCUUACAAAGCGCAGCUACAGAGUCCGCUGUUACCAUGGAAACCAUUUCAUGAAGUCGUUGGCUUGUGCUUACGGUUCACUUUCCUUAUGCCUGUUAAAUCAAAGUCAACUUUAAAAGUUCUGCUUCGAGAGCCAAGUAAAAAAGAGCCGAUGUUAGCAUGGCAGCUCAGUGGAUAUCAUGGUACUGAGUGGUCCGCGGCGGAGGUGUCUUGGCCAGGCGCCACAGCAGUUCAGAUUAUAUUUGAGGGAGAGGGCUUUCUUCACGACCCAGUAAAUGCAUCAAUCAAGAACGUGAUUUUAACGACCGAGAAAUGUGGCGCGCUGCCAUACUUUGCAAAACCAGGUUUUAGUUGCGGGAAUAAACAAUUUCAAUGCAAGAAUGGUGAAUGUGUCAAGAAAAAUCUGCGAUGUGAUGGCGACUUUGCUUGCACCGAUAAUUCAGAUGAAGAUGAUUGUGAAUGUCCCUCCAAUAAGUUUGCUUGUCUGGAUGGAAAAUGUCUUCCAGCAUCAGCUGUAUGUAACGAUAUAAACGACUGCUCUAACGGAGACGAUGAAAAUAACUGCCGAAAUAAGUGCCCCUUUAAGCAUCACUGCGUUGAUGGAUCAUGCAUUUCUUGGUCAAAGACUUGUCUUCGAGAGCCUUUCUGCAAGGAUGGAACUAACACUCCAUCAGUAUGCGGAUCUGGGGAAUGCCACCUUAACGACUUAGCUUGCUCAUCAAACAACCCAAAAAGGCCAACAAGAUGUGAAUCCUUCAGAAGCUUUUGCAAUUUCGAAAGUGACUUGUGCCAACUUAAUCCGGAUGUGAACACCACUUUCGAAUGGACCAUGGCCUCGGGGGAGACACCAACGGAGAAAACUGGGCCAAGUUAUGAUCAUAGCACGUUCAGCAAAGACGUCUGUGCUGGAUGGAAACUGUGACAAGGUUAUUACACAAGUAAGUCCAGACUGCAGUUUCAGAGAGGACACGUGUGAGUGGGAGACUCGGGGAGGAUGGACUCUUUCAAAACAUGCGCCGAAUCUAGAUUUACAAAAUUACGGUCCAGGAGUAUCAUAUAUUUUUCUUCGCGCUGAAGCAUCUGACAUGUAUCAUACACUCUUGUCUCCAACCAUAAGCACUGACGAAUGGAAGUGCUUACGUUUAUGGUAUUUCAUUGGUGUGACCAACUGGUACAAAACAUCGUUACAGGUGGUUCUGCAGUCGUUAACAACGAACCUAUCAACAGUACUCUUCUUUGUGGAUGAAGUAGCAAGUGCAAUAAAUUAUACUCAAAUACCGUUGCCAAGCAAUUACAGCAAAGCAAAGCUUGAAUUCUUGGGUAUUUAUGAAGAGUUUGGUGGACAACUUCUCGCCAUUGAACAAGUUUCCUUUUCUAAGGAGCCUUGUGACCCAAUUUCUUGGAGACAAAGUGAUAUUAACGAACCCCUUGGAAUGGAAAACGGUGAAAUAUUAGGCUCGCAAAUCAGUUCUUCAUCACCAAUUGACGAAGAUUAUACAACCAGUUUAGGCAGAUUACACUUAAACGCAGUUGUCUGGUCCGCCGACACAAAGGACAGCAGCCAGUGGCUCCAGCUUGAUCUGCGUAAUAAAAACAUUAGAGUCACGGGUGUUGCUACGCAAGGAAGAAACGGACGUUACCCCCAUUGGGUAACGAAAUAUAGGCUACAGUACAGCAACGAUGGACUGAAAUUCCAAUUCUACAAGGACCCUGGACACACUAAAGUUAAGGUUUUCGCCGGAAACAUGGAUCAGGACACUGUUGUUCAUCACGAACUCAAGCUACCGAUCAGAGCAAGAUAUAUUCGUUUUCAACCAGUGGCUUGGAUUGGGCAGAGAUCUAUGAGAGUUGAGUUGUAUGGUCAUCAGAAAGAAUGCCAGAAAGCUCUGGGUAUGGAAAACAAAAUAAUCUCAGAUGGACAAAUUCGAGCCUCAUCCAGCUGGAAUGGCUACUCUGUCGCUAGCCGCGGAAGACUAUCAAUUAAAGCAUCUGGAAGCAUGAGAGGAAGCUGGACGGCUUCUAAAAAUGAUCGAAACCAAUGGCUACAGAUUGACCUGGGAGACAACAAUACUAAAGUUACAGGUGUAGCCACCCAAGGGGGGCAAGACACCGACCAAUGGGUGACUAGUUACAAGCUUCAAUACGGGAAUGAUGGAGUUAAUUUUCAGUAUUACAAGAGACAAGGUGAAGACAAGGAAUUUCCUGGAAACAACGACCGUGAUACAAUUGUUUUUCAUGGAUUGAAUCCGCCAAUCAAUGCCCGAUACGUCCGUUUUCGCCCAGAGUCUUGGCAGAACCACAUAUCAAUGAGAGUGGAACUGUAUGGUUGUCUUGAUGAAUGUCAGGAGGCUCUGGGCAUGAAAAAUGGUGCAAUUCCUGAUAGACAGAUAAGCGCUUCCUCACGUUGGGAUGUACACCAUGACGCCUGGCAGGGUAGACUAGACUAUAAAAGGCAAUGGAAAGCAGGAUCGUGGUCAUCGCGAUUUAAUGAUAGAAAUCAAUGGCUCCAGAUUGAUCUGUUUACUCCAUACAUGAAAGUUACACGAAUAGCCACACAAGGCAGAAAUAAGCACGAUCAAUGGGUGACAAGGUAUACUUUGUGGUACAGCAAUGAUGGUAAAAUUUUCCAACCUCACAAAGAAGCUGGAGAACCGAAAGAAAAGCUUUUUAAUGGAAACAGAGACCAGGAUACAAUUGUCUACAAUGAAAUCAACCCACCAGUAAAAGCUCGAUACAUCCGAAUUAGACCACAAGCCUGGUUUGGCCACGUUUCUAUGAGGACAGAGCUCUAUGGUUGUUUGGAAGACGUCAGUGGGGUAUCCAUCAACAUAUCAGACUGUCGACAAGCUCUUGGCAUGGAAAAUGGUGCAAUCUCUGAUGCACAAAUCAUAGCCUCUUCCAUCUGGGAUGAUAACCAUGCUGCGUCUCAAGCCAGGCUGAACUUUAAAGGAGGUUCUAAAGUCGGAUCUUGGUCAGCUAAGACAAAUGAUGUUCAACAAUGGCUUCAGGUGGAUCUAGGUAGUCAGUACGCUAAAGUUACGCGUGUAGGAACACAGGGGAGAGAUGAUGCUAGCCAAUGGGUAACCAAAUUCAAGUUGCAGUAUGGCAACCAUGAAGCUAGACUCCAAUUUUACAGGGGUAGAGGAACAAAUAUAGACAAGGAGUUUGAUGGUAACUCAGAUAGAAGCACCAUCGUUUUUCAUGAACUAAACCUACCCAUCAAGGCGCGCUUCUUCCGCUUUCGACCUCAAGCUUGGUUUAACCACGUGUCAAUGAGGAUAGAGCUUUACGGCUGUAAAGAAUGUCUUGAACCUCUCGGCAUAGAACAUGGCGCAAUAACAGACGGCCAAUUGAGUUCUUCUUCCCAACUGGACAAUGCUCAUGCCGCCAUGCAAGGAAGACUGAAAUAUAACGCAACCGGAGGUUCAAGAGGAUCUUGGUCGGCUGGCAAUAAUAAUUCCAGUCAAUGGCUUCAGAUUGACCUUCUUGAUCAAAAUAAUAAUGUGACCCGUGUUGCUACACAAGGAAGACCUGAUACCAGCCAGUGGGUAACGAAAUACAAGCUGCAGUACAGUGAGGAUGGUGAAACGUUCCACUUCUAUCGAGGAGAAGGAGAUACAGCAGAGAAGGUUUUUGAUGGAAACAAAGACCGGAAUUCUGUUGUUUAUAAUGAACUUAACCCACCCAUUACAGCACGCUUCAUCCGCUUUCAACCAGUGUCCUGGUAUAGUCAUAUAUCGAUGCGAGUAGAGCUGUAUGGUUGUCGAGAUGACCGUCCGUGCGACGCAGCAAUAGACUCUUGCGGAUGGAAUAUUGCACGGGGAUGGAAAAGAAUGAAAUACGCAGAUCUUGACAACAUCUAUCUGGGUACAGACGUUAAUAUAGGUAGUGACGCUGAUGAAGAAGGAAUAAUUGGCGAUGGAAACUACGAGAUCCACUUCACUGACAGCAGUCGUGGCUAUGUAUCAUUCUCAGACAUUGUGCCGGCGAAAGGGGGAUUCACCAUUUGCUUUUGGUUACAGACUGAAAAUGCUGGUUUCUUUGUUGAAUAUAGAACUGCGGCAUCAGCAGAUCAAAAUGAAACACUGACCCUCGGGCUCUAUUGCGGUAACAACACUUUUGAUAUUCUAUUUGGAAACCAAAGAAGUCAAUAUUUAAUGGACGUGACAGACAACAUGUGGCAUCACGUGUGUGUACUAUUGGACACUAAGAUCGGACUAGUAACCGUAUUAAAAGAUGGUCAUAGGAGUUUUAAGGAACGUCGCGAGAAGGCACCCAAUUUUGAACUGUGGACGGAAGGGACCAUGAAAAUUGGCUUCAGGGAAACGAAAAAAAGUGAUUUAGCUGUUCUUGGUAAACUGAAUGGUUUCAAUAUAUGGAGUUCCCCUGUCCUAAUGGAAGAGAUACUGCGCAUGUCAUAUGGCUGUGGAACUGAGACAGGAAACUCAAAAUCCUGGGAAACAGUCAGGAAUGGAAUAACAGGAGAAGUCGAGCUAAAAGACUCCAGAACUUGCAAGGACAGAAAAGGCAAGUGA